AAGACAACACAUAGAAUUACGCAAGAAGGAGGUGAAAACGAUAAAAUGGAUGUCACCACGUCUCUGUUUUUAAUAACAUUGACUGUUCAUUUUUCCGCAAGUCAUGUGACCAACCCUGAAAAUGAUGAUUGGCAGACGACAACGGAAGCCCGCCUAUCUUCUCUGGAGAGGAAUCUACAACAGUACAUGAAAAUCAAUGACCAACUCCUGAAGGAAAAUCAGGCCCUAAAGACAUUGGUGGAAGACAACAACAGAAGAAACACUGAGUUGUCGAUAAAGGUUGAAAAUCUUGAAAGAACUGUCAGUGGUAUUCAGAACAACCGGAAGAAUGUCCAAAUACGUCCCCAGACAGCAAAUCUCUCGAAAAGUUUUAGUGGAAGCCAGAAUUACCGACAUGCACAAAGAGAACUAUCCAAAAAUCGAACAAAGAACUAUGGAAUGGGUCAACAAUUUGCAAUUAAAGAGUCAGGAAAAAGAAUAGUUUCAAGAACCCCUGAUUCUACUGUAGAGAACGUAGCUCUCCAUGCCUACAUGUCAACAGAUACAGCUUCUAGUCUUCAUGAACAUCACACUUUGAUCUUUGACACAGUCAAGGUCAACAAAGGUCAAGGUUAUCACAAGGACGAUGGUAUAUUUAUUUUGCCGAGAUCAGGAGUUUAUGUUUUUGCAUCGACCGUUGCAGAAAUAAACGGAGGCUUUGCCUCUGUGAGAUAGUCGUCAAUGGGCAAAUUGUUGGAUCUGUCUUUGCUCAUGGCGAUCCUACAAAUUGGGACGAAGGAGCUGGUCUUAUUAUUGUCGAAGGGAAUGUUGGAGAUCAUGUCUAUAUUCGUAUGCAUGAAAACGGAUGGGGUGUGGUAAACAGUAAUGGCAGAGCACGAACGUCUUUCUCAGGAUGGCGUCUCUUUUAAUUUUCUGACGU